UUGGGAAUAUUGAUAUAUUGUCAAUUUGACCUUUCAGGUUGAACACAAUGCAGGUGGAAGAUGCUGCAGAUGUUGACUGGGAAGAAAUUGCUGACACAAUUGGGUGUGUUAUACCUUGCUACGUACAGAUGCACUACCACUGGCUAAAAGUAGGCAAAGUUCCUUUGUGGCAGAGCAUGUCUUUCUGUGAGAUCAUUGAUUUCCUGUACAGUAGUGUUCUGCCCCAGUUUGAAGAGCUCCUCCGACACAGUCAGAUUGAGUCAGGGGAGACUGAGUCCAGAGAUCUCCACCAGGUUCAGAUUGAGUCAGGGGAGACUGAGUCCAGAGACGAUCGACGAGAGCACUUCUUGCUUUCAGAGAUCUUUGAAAAUGAGGACGACUGAGAUUAUUACAGCGAGGUUCAGAACAGUUGAUAACCAAUACACAGUUCUCAGAGGCUCAAUGACCCAGGGUUUUUUUCUGGGUCAAAAAGGGGCUUAUGUUGGGGGUAGCAGUCGACAUGGGUGAGUUAUAGAGGCCUCCAUCUUGGCAGUGUAGAGAUUCUAUUUUUUUUAGGCCAAUUUCAGUUGCAACACUAACGAGUUCCAAACUGCCUCUGGAAGCAACGUCAGCACAAGAACUGUUCGUCGGGAGAUUCAUGAAAUGGGUUUCCAUGGCCGAGCAGCCGCACACAAGCC